AUGAUCGCGCCGGCCCACUUGAAUCGCGUAAGCGCUUUCACUGUAUCCGACAACACGCAGCUUGCAUCAGUCAGCUCUUUAACCUACGAGGAUGUUACUGAAGAAGUUUGCCUGAGAAUGUGCAGUGAAAAUCGGGAUAACAACGGCCGGACUAUUUUGUGCGCUUCAUUCGUUUACGACCAUGCAACUUUCCUUUGUACCAUUUACCGAUCCAAAAGCUAUCCGGAAGGUCAGCUGAAAACUGAGACUGCAUCAGGAAAACGAUUUUUCGAGAAGUUCUGUCUUGCGGAAGAGAUACCGGCAGAUUGUGCCGAUAGUCAGUUUUUAAGAGCUGACCAGUCAGUUAUUAUUGGCUAUGCGCAAAACGUUUCACUUGCAAGCAGCAUCGAGGACUGUAUUGCGCAGUGUCUGGCGGAACAUUUCCAGUGCAAGGUAUGCGGUUCCAGUGUUUCAUGCACUUCUGUGCUUGGAGAACCUGGAUUUUUAUAA